UACAUAAAGAUAUAAAAACAUUGUAAAUUGAUUUAGAAAUUUUUUAUACAAUAUAAUAAUAAUAAUAAAACCAAUACUAACAACUAUAAGUAAUUGUUUGUAGUGAGACCUACACAUUUUCAUACUAUAUAAACGAAAGAAAUUUAAUAUCAUGAAUUUACAAGGAGUUCGCCAAUAUCUAAAUGAACUUAGAAAUUCCGGUGGUCUUCACAGAGAUCAAGCAGUGAAAUACCGCAAUGUUCUCAUGGAGAUACUUAAAAAUCCGGAAGGAGAGUUGGCUGACUGUUUGAAAGCAUUUGUUGAAGCAAUUGUCAAUGAAAAUGUAAGUUUGGUGAUAUCCCGGCAGCUCCUCACAGACGUCAGCUCCCAUCUGGCCCUGUUGCCCGACAAUGUGUCACAGGAGGUUUCACAUUUUGCCCUUGAUGUCAUUCAGCCUCGGGUCAUCUCUUUUGAAGAACAGGUAGCUAGCAUUAGACAGCAUUUGGCAGAUAUUUAUGAGAGGAAUCAAAAUUGGAAGGAAGCUGCAAAUGUUCUGGUGGGGAUCCCACUGGAAACUGGACAAAAGCAAUAUUCAGUGGACUACAAGCUGGAGACAUACCUCAAGAUAGCACGUCUGUUCCUGGAGGUCGAUGACCCGGUGCAGGCAGAGGCCUACGUGAACAGAGCCUCCCUUCUGCAAGCUGAGACCACCAAUGAACAACUGCAGAUAUAUUACAAAGUGUGCUAUGCAAGGGUGUUGGAUUACAGGAGGAAGUUCAUAGAAGCAGCUCAGAGGUACAAUGAGCUCUCUUACCGCAACAUCAUACACGAGGAUGAACGGAUGACUUGUCUGAGGAAUGCGCUCAUCUGUACAGUUUUGGCUUCAGCUGGCCAACAGCGUUCCAGAAUGCUAGCGACUCUGUUCAAAGACGAGCGGUGUCAACAAUUGCCAGCGUACUCCAUCCUCGAGAAGAUGUACCUGGACCGCAUCAUCCGCCGCUCGGAGCUUCACGAGUUCGAGGCGUUGAUGCAGACACACCAAAAGGCGACGACAUCUGACGGCUCCACGAUCCUGGACCGCGCGGUGUUCGAGCACAACCUGCUGUCGGCCAGCAAGCUGUACAACAACAUCACGUUCGACGAGCUCGGCGCGCUGCUCGAGACGCCGCCCGCGCGCGCCGAGCGCAUCGCCAGCCACAUGAUCAGCGAGGGCCGCAUGAACGGGUACAUUGACCAGAUCAGCUCCGUCGUUCACUUCGAGACUCGCGAAAUCCUGCCUCAGUGGGACAAGCAGAUCCAAAGCCUGUGCUACCAAGUGAACAGCCUUAUAGAGAAGAUUGCAGCUGCGGAGCCGGAGUGGAUGGCCAAACUCAUGGAGGAAGAGAUGAUACAAUAGUCACGUUAUUUUAAAAUAUACAUAAACUUACGUGUAAUAAAGCUUUUCUUAUUCUCAUAA